AUGGCCAGAGGAAAUGGAGUGACCGAAGGCUGGGGUCAAUAUCUCCAGCAAUUUAUGACAGUUCCCGUUUCCAAUCAUGCACUUGGAGGACGGUCCUCGCGAUCAUUCACUGAGGAGGGACGAUUUAACGCAAUCGUCAAUCAGCUCAGGCCAGGAGAUUAUGUCGUGAUUGCAUUCGGCCACAACGACGGCUCCGCGGGUGCCGUCGACAAUGGUCGCCAAUGUGCAGUUGGCGAUGGUUAUGAUACCACUGCUACCGUUCGCACCUCGACUGGACAAUCCAUUGUCAUCCAUAGCUUCCCGUACUACAUGCAAAACGCAGUCAACGCCAUCAAAGCAAAGGGCGGCAUCCCUAUCGUCGCAUCUCAAACACCGAGGAACGGAUGGACGAACGGUUCCAUUUCUCCCGGAAACCGAUUCGUUGGAUACGCUAAACUUGUUGCCGAGAGAACUGGUGUAACCUACAUCGACCAUUACGCCUACGUCGCUCAGGCAUACAAACGGCUCGGUCAGUCCUAUGUAAACACCUUCUACCCCAACGAUCCCGUGCACACAUCACCUGCUGGUGCCAAUGUCGUUGCUCAGGCGUUCGUUCGAGGCUUGUUGUGUUCUAACAACUCGUUGAGGUCGAGGGUGAACGGAGCUGGUCAGAACGUUCCAGACCGAUGCCUCUAA